AUGAGCGGUGGUUUGAAGUGGGUCUGCGGCGGAUCGUCUCCCGGACCGGGACUGGGAAAGCGCCCUCGCCUCCUGGUGUGGGGAGCCGGGAGAAGGCUCAGCUGCCUGCGGGGCGACGACCGCAAGUUCCCAUGGGGAGAGCCCGUGAAUAAAUGAGCGGUUCCGCAUUUGCCACAUGAGGAAUGGACCUGUGGUUCAGUAUUCGAACCGUGUUUGCAAAUUCCCCCUCACUGUCACCUGUGAGCCUGAGGAAAUCAAAGGAAAUGUAAAGACGCUGGAGAUCUGCAAUGAAAACAGGAAUUGUUUGAAGCUAUUCUGACAAAGGGAUCUGAAACAUUAACUUUGUUCCUCGCUCCACAACUGAUAUUUACCUGCUGAGUGUUUCCAGCAUUUCUCGCUUUUUGUUUAAUAUUGUCUACACCUUGGAAUGGUUUAAGUCUCCUGGGAAGUGGAUCUGUGCACACGCGUUCAUUUUGUGUUGAUUUCCAGUCAAGAAACCAUAGCUUGUUCCAUUAAAUUACCCUGCCAACAAAAUUUCAUGUUGUUAUUGGAAAUGCGCUCAUCAGUUGUUGCUUACAAGGUUCACAAGAAUGAUGAAGACUUUAUACAUGAGGAGCUUUUGGUGGCUCUGGUCCUGUACUCGAUGGAGUUAAGAAAGAUUGUGUACAAGAUAAGUCCUACAGUGAGAGACUGAAAAAAAGCUCACAACUGGAAGUGAACAGCAGAUGAAGACUCGGGAAGAGCAACAAGUAAGCCAGCCCCAGAACUGAGGGAAGCAACUGGAGCCAACCCUUCUGAUCCAGAGUUUCCAUCAAUUGGGAGAAAACAUGAGUGCCAGAACCGGCGAUCGUUUUUAGCAACGAAGAUUAAAGGUGUGAAUAGCGGGACGACCCAACAAUUUCAGGAUUCAACAUGGCCACAGACUCAAAGGCUGCAAUCACGGAGCUUUUGUCAAAGUGGGACGAUUAUCAACUGUCUCAGUUGUCCAGGAUACACCGGGCGAGACUGGAACAGGCGAUUGAAGAAGAGGUGGAAGGAGUCAGCUUCCUGCUCACUUACAAGGGACAUAUCAGUGUACAAGAUCACCAGGAAGUCGUCAAACUCAGGGAGAGGGGAUACCGGGUGGAUGGUUCCAAACUCCUCGUCAGCCUUGUGAUAAAUCAGGACACUCACGUCCACAGGCUGAUAUGGAAAUCCUUCUUGAAACUGCACCGUAUUUUACCUAAAUUGGAGGCACUUCUCAAAGAGAUGCAAGAGCUCGCUUCAAAUCCGACCGAAGGUUUGAAGUUCGUGGAAUGUUUAUCUGACCAAGCUGCUCAGCUCAAAGAGCACCGGAAUUUGGGACCAACUGUCACCAUCAUUGUUGAAGGUGCCAGCGGAGGAGAUGCAGUGACCUCCACAUCAAGGAAACACGGAGGGAGGAAAUUAACUCGUAGACAGAAAGUUUUCAAGAGAAUUUUGCCAGUCGGAUCAUCAAGGCAAGAUGAUCAGGACACAGUGACUACGAAAGCAAAGCAAGGCCGGAUUGAGGGCAGUGUCCCAAUGGAAUGUGCUCCGACCUUGGAGGAAAGGGAAGGAAGUCAGCCCAGCGGGAGUGGGAUCAGAGACACGAUUCAGGGCCAUGGAACCGGCCCAAGUGAGGCGAUUGCCUGUGACGUAGGAGGCUCGUUAAUCAAGGAAUCAUCAAAUCUCAAGCAUGGAGCAGAACACCAGAUGUUGGGAUCACCUGUCACCACCAUGGCUGAAGAUGCAAACAGGGGGUUGGAUACAGUGACCUCAAAAUCAAAGAAGGACACGGAUCCAAAGACUGCGAUGUCUGAGCUCCUGACACAGUGCGGGGAUUACCAACUGUUCCGGUUGUCAAACUUCUACCGGGAGAGACUAAAACCUGCGAUUGAAGAAGGGGUUGAAGGGCUCAGCUUGAUGUUGAGAGAUGGGCAACAUUUCAGUGGACAGGAACAUGAGAAAGUCACUGAGCUCGUGGAGAAGAGAAACCGGAUAGAGAGUUCCAAACUCUUCUUCAGUCUGGUUAUGGAGAAGGGAUCCCGGGCCCGGAGAGUGAUGUGGGAAUCCUUUGUGAAAAUGCGGAAUGAGUUACCAAAGUUGGACAAAAUACUGAAUGAAAUCCAGGAGCUCGGUCGUGAUCCAUAUGAAUACAUGGACAUCGGCCGAGAUUUAUGUGAUUUAUCCGCACAGCUGAAGGAUGUUCAGCAGAAGCACAAGGAGACUCUGCGGGCACAAACUGAAACGAUGAGAGUGAACAGGAUCCUGACGAGGGAGAAGGUGAAGGUUUUCCAGCUGGUUGAUCGAUACAUUGAGCUCACGGUCAUUUCUGCUGUUCGAGAUCGGAGACUUGUGGAACAUGAGCUGCUAGCUAGAGGCCGAGACCAUGAGCAGUGGACUGAGAAACAACUCCAGGGAGAGCUAAAAAAAUUCCGGACUGAUGAAUUGUUCCAGUGCAGCUUUUUCCAGAGUAAAUCCAAAUCUGGGAGAUCGGCAGCAGUGGCCGGAGCGGCGGGUAUCGGUAAAACAACAAUGGUGCAAAAGAUUGUUCAUGACUGGGCCACGGGGAAAUUAUACCAACACUACCAAUUUAUCUUCAGCUUCAAAUUCAGGCAUUUAAACUCCAUAAACUGCAGAAUAAAUCUGAGGGAACUGAUUCUGGAUCUGUAUCCUUACUUUGGGAAUAUUCUGGAAGAGGUCUUGAAGAAUCCUGAGGGAUUACUGUUUAUAUUCGAUGGUUUGGAUGAAUUCAAGCACAGAAUCGAUUUUGCUGACAGUCGGGGAGACACAGAACCUCGGCACGUGUGCCCAGAUCCCGAGUGGCGGUGUGAAGUGUCUGAAGUUGUGUACAGUUUAAUCCAGCACAAGCUGCUCCCAGGAUGUUCAGUGUUGGUGACCACCCGCCCCACUGCCUUACAUUUAUUGAAAAAGGCGGAGAUCAGUGACUGGGCUGAAAUCCUGGGAUUUGUUCGUGCGGAACGUAAGGAAUAUUUCCACAGGUUUUUUGAAGAUCAGACGGUGGCAGCAGCUGUUUUAAAACACGUGGAGGAGAACGAGAUCCUGUACACCAUGAGCUACAACCCCUCCUACUGCUGGAUCCUCGGUCUGCUACUGGGCCCCUUUUUCACACAAAGACACAGGGACCCGCAGCAAGCUCCCAAGACAAUCACCCAACUAUAUUCCUGCUAUAUUUACAACAUUCUGAAAAACCACGGCCGUGAGAUUGAAAGCCCCCGUGAUGUGUUACUGAGGGUUGGUCAGAUGGCCUUCACAGGAGUUUCCGAAAAGCAGAUUGUGUUUACAGAUGGUGAUUUGAUCAAGUACAAUCUGCAGCCUUCCCAGUUCCUGUCCGGGUUCCUGAUGGAACUAUUGGAGAGAGAGGAUUCUGGCCGGAGCGUGGUGUACACAUUCCCACACCUCACCAUCCAAGAGUUUGUAGCCGCACUCGCACAAUUCCUGACUCCAGAUCCGGGGGAUAUCCUGAAACUCCUUACUGAAUUCCACAGCAUGAAGGAUGGACGAUUCGAGAUAUUUCUCCGUUUUGUUGCCGGUCUCUCCUCCCCAGGGACAGUUCAGGGGCUGGAGGAGUUUCUGGGUCCAUUUCCCCAUGAAACAACCUACCGAGUGAUUGACUGGGUGAAGGAGGAGGUGCAACGUCAGAGUGGAAACACAGGGAGUAAAUCUGGUAAAAGGAGCCUCCUGAACACACUGCACUACCUGUUUGAGUCUCAGAACCGUGGACUGCCUCAGGCCGCACUGGGAUCUGUGGAAACACUUUCAUUCAGUGAAUUACGACUGACCCCGAUUGACUGCGCCGUUCUGUCUCAUGUCAUUGGGCUCUGUGAUACAAUAAAUCACCUUGAUCUGUGGAGCUGCCACAUUCAGUGUGAAGGGAUCCAGCGGUUGGGACCCGGGCUGCACAAGUGCCAGGAUUUGGGACUGGGGAUCAACGACUUGGGAGAUUCAGGAGUGAAACUGGUGUCUGCGGCUCUGCGGGACCCGGAGUGUAAAAUACAGAGACUGGGGCUGGGGUGGAACCGUCUCACAGAUUCUGGUGCCGAGGAUCUCGCCUCCGCUCUCAGUACAAACCGCUCACUGACGGUGCUGGACCUGGAUAGUAAUGAACUGGGAGAUUCGGGAAUGAAACUGGUGUCUGCUGCUCUGAGGGACCCGGAGUGUAAAAUACAGGAACUGCGGCUGGGAAGGAACCGUCUCACAUAUUCUGGUUGCGAGGAUCUCGCCUCCGCUCUCAGUACAAACCGCUCACUGACGGAGCUGGAGCUGAGUGAGAAUAAUCUGGGAGAUUUGGGAGUGAAUCUGGUGUCUGCGGCUCUGAGGAACCCAGAGUGUAAAAUACAGAAACUGUGGCUGGGGCGGACCCGUCUCACAGAUUCUGGUGCCAAGCAUCUCGCCGCCGCUCUCAGUACAAACCGCUCACUGACGGAGCUGGAGCUGAGUGGUAAUAAACUGGAAGAUUCUGGAGUGAAACUGGUGUCUGCUGCUCUGAGGGACCCGGAGUGUAAAAUACAAGAACUGCAGCUGUGGGGUGUUGGUCUCACAGAUUUUGGUGCCAAGGAUCUCGCCUCCGCUCUCAGGAGAAACCGCUCACUCACGUGGCUGGUCCUGGGAUCAAACUCCCUCACAGACCGAUCUGUCCCCGCUCUCCGCCGCCUCAUCCUGACCCUCCCGAGACUGGAGCGGAUCUGGCUGGAUGGCAAUCGGUUCAGUUCAGAUGGACAGAAUCAGCUAAAGUCGCUGCAGGGUACCAGACCCGGACUUAGGGUGUCCCUGUGAACGUCCCAAUGUACAGACAUCCCCGCCCGCGGGAUGGUAAUAUAUUUGUUCGGUUUCCCGCCCUACCCUUUAAACGCGCGCGCGCUCCCGGUUUAAAUCCCAACGGCCGCAACGGUUCCCCGCGACUCCUCCCGCCGUGACGUCAGAGGGAGUCCCGCUGACACGUGACCAGACCGCUCCCACAAAUAUAUGGGGAUGAAUGCCCCCCUGUAGGGACCUGGGGAAUUACACAGAGAUGAAGGUCCCAGGACAGACUGGGACGCGAGUGAUCGCAUUCAGUGUCCAGGUUGGGUUGGGGCUGAGUCCGGGACAGGGCUGACAGAAUUCAGUGUCCGGGGUGGGGCUUAGUCUGUGGCACCAUUAAUUGCAUUCAGUGUUCGGGGUGGCGCUCGGUCUGGGACCCCAGUGAUGGCAAAAAGUGCCCUGCUGGGGUCUCAGUGUAGGAUACCAGUGAUGGCAUUCAGUGUCCCGGGUGGGGCUCAAUCUGGCACACCAGUCAUGGCAUUGACUGAGACCGGCGGCCAUUAGCCGGAUUAGGAACCUGUCUGGCCGUGUUGCUGAGGGGGUAGGGGUGUAAUUUUCCUCCAUUUAACAGCCUGUGUAUAUAGUGGCAAUAAUUUUUAAAAUACCACAAUAGAUGACCCUACACCUGCUGCGUUCUCGGACACGGCCUUGAAGUGUGAUUUGUAAUCAUUUUGCUGUUAAUUUUAUUGAAGAUAGAGAGCAUCAUGAAACUCCUUCUGGUGCGGAAUGAUGUUGAUAAAAGGGGCUGAUUAUUCAACAUGCCGCUCAUUGGCGCUUGUCUGUUAAUUAUGCGUUCAUGGCACUGAACUGUAAGCAGCUCAUUUUACACACACGUCAGAAAGUUACUCGGUGUUUACUUUAUAAUCGGCAAAGUGAACUCAAUAAACCGUGGUCAGUUCAGUUCUGA